AUGCCCAAUGACGACAUCCUUACAGACGACUACCUGGCGGAGGUGCUUGCGAAAGAAGCAGCAGACUGCUCAUUGGAAUACUCGAGCGUGGGGUUGGAAGCGUUUCGCGCUGAGAAGAAGUUCGUGGGCCGUCUAUCCUACUCUGAGAACACCGACCGGCACAAUGCGAAUCUCCUUGCGAAAGAAACUGCCGAGUCGCAAGCGCGCCUGAAAGCGCUCGAGGAGACCGAGGAGCGACAAAAGCGCAAAAGCGCAGCGCCACAAGAUGUCCGACGCCGACAGAUGGGCGAUAUCUUGAGCAUCUUGGGCGGUCGCAAGGCAGAUACGAAAGUGGCCAGCUCACGGAGGUCGACAGACGCAACAUCAAAACGAUAUUCGACUUCUACAUCGUCUCGAAGGCGCCAUCGAGAUGGUCGCAGCGCAUCACCGGACCAAAAUGACAGCAAACGGCGGCGACGGCAGGAGGAGCGCGAGCCCGAUGUAGAAGACCGCGAGAGCCAGCGGAAGCGAAGCAGCCACCGCGGGCCAAAAGAUCCAUGUCCCCAGAAGACAGAAGCAGCCACCGCCGCCACCGAUCUCGCACACCAUUUGAGCGAAGGGUGGCGCAGACUCCAAAAGCGCGCCGCUCCCGAUAAAGGCCGUCCUAGAACUCAGACUGCUGAAGACCGUAUGUCGAAGUACCACAGGACUUCACGCGAUAAAAGCCCGGCCCAUGGCAAUGCUCACAAUCAUGGACCGAGCAGCGACCUGGCAUCAGAGCGACCCGAAAGAGAACGACGGCAUGGUGGAGGGCGACUGAAGUCUCAAAACUCAAGACAUGCUUUGAAAGACGAAACACUGUCAGACUCGGACCCCUUGGACGACAUUAUUGGGCCGGCACCGCCUCCCCCAAUCCGCACACGAGGACGAGGCUUUCAGACGGGUUCAUCUGCGAUGGACAAGCAUUUUGAUGCGAGCUACGACCCAAAAGCUGAUGUGGAGAUGGACGAGACGACGGGAAACUGGGAGGAGGCUGUUGAGACUUUUAGAGACAGGCAUAAAUGGCAGCAGAGUCAGGAGCAGAGGCUGCGGGCCGCGGGUUUUGGGGAUGAGGAGAUCGACAAGUGGAAGCGUGGCGGUGAGCGCAAUGAAGCCGACGUCAAGUGGACCAAGGCCGGAGAGAAGCGUGAAUGGGACCGGGGCAAGGAUGGAGAGCUGAAGGGGCUCUUCUCCGAAGACAAUUAG